AUGGCUACCUCCCAUGAAAGACCCUCCUGGCUGCCAGAGGAUUUUCUUUGCGCGGAUCCUCAGAAUGCAUCUUCCCGACGCAUCGACUUCACCAAAACCAACAGCGCAUUUCCAGAGUACGAGGGCCAUUAUGCGCUCAUGGUGGAUGACCUCCUCUCCAAAGAAGAAUGCGAUCUCCUUAUCCGGGCUGCUGAGGAGUCUACCAUCUCUGACUCAAACAAAACUCCCAAGUGGGAUCAAGCCCUGAUCAACGUGGGAAACGGGCAACAAAUGCUCCAUACCGAUACUCGACGCUGCUCCCGCAUCCUCUGGGACUGCCCCUGGCUAGCGGCGCGCAUUCUUUCUCGAAUCCGCCCCUUUAUCCAAGAUGACAUCGAAGUCCUUCGGGAUGUCUCAUCCAUCUUCUGCCGCGGGCCUGCCCAACGUCAGGAAACCUGGCGCCUUUCUAGACUCAAUGAACGCCUUCGCUUCCUGCGAUAUUACCGUGGCGAAUACUUUCGUCCUCACAUGGAUGGCCCCUAUGUUACUCCAGGUGGAGAGGAAAUAUCCUUUUUCACGCUGCAUCUGUAUCUGAAUGGUGAACCAGGUGACAGGAAGAUGGCAGACUUAUCUGCUGUUAGUGACGAUCAGGUCAACUCCCUACCUUUACGUGGUGGCGCAACUACCUUCUUCCCUCCAUUCAUCGACUCGGAUGACGCACGCACUUUCAGCGUUAACCCGCAAACUGGCUCUGUCUUGGUCUUUCAGCACAGAGGGUUGGCUCAUUCUGGCGAUGAAGUCUUACAGGGAACUAAAUACACUUUGAGAACUGACUUUAUGUUCUGUAGAGAUGGUACCGUUAAAGAAUGA